CUUUUUCUUUCCUGCAACUUUUUACGCGCUCAAAACCACAAUGACGGACGUACCUCCAGAUUUGUAUUACCUAAACGAGGGCUUUGAUCCUAGUCAUCUGAAAAUUGCAGAGCUCCGAGGAAUUCUGUUGAAGCACGAUGUGCCAUACACCCCAACGGCCAAAAAGCCUGAACUCGUUCAAUCAUUUAAGAAGAAUGUAGCUAGCAAGGCGGAUGAAAUUUUGAGUUUGCAUCGACAGCUCAAGCCCAAUGGUAAAGGAAUCGUCAACGUUAACACGGACAAAAAGGCGAAAGGCAGCACCAGCAAAGCUUCGAGCAAAAGUGCCCCUGUCGAUGAGGCAGAACGUGACGAUGAAGAAGAAGGAAAGGAUAGCGAUGGGGAGGAGUCAAUCAACGCGAAAGCAAGACGUGAAAAGCGCGCAGCCAAGUCUACCUCUGUGGAUGCAGAAGGUUUCGCUAUACCUGCUCAGCCUAGCAAAACUAAAUCUACAAGUAUUCGCAAGAAGCCAAAAACUACUGAGUGGACGGUGGGGUCAGGCUUGACGUCAGAAUCGGAGGUCGAUGCCAAACCUACUACCGCCAAAAGCUCUUCUAUUAGACGAAAGAAGGACAAACCCACCAAGGAUUCGGCUGGGGAUGGAUCUACUGACAAGAAACAUGUGGAGCCGGUUUUCUCUGAUGCAAAUCCAUUCCAAAGCGGUGCAGAAUCUGAUAUUUCUAUAACGCGAAAAAGUCGUAAGGCUCCGACAGCCGUUGCAUCAAAAGACAAGGUAGAAGGUUCAAGUCGAAGGAGCAGACGUGAAGCGCAACCAUCUGGCCAAUACUUCAACCCGCAAGACUCAUUUGCCUCUUCUGGAGGCGAGGAAGAGCACCAUGUAGAGCGUAAACAACCUAAAACGGUUCUUAAAACUAAACCAAAGACAAGCGCCUCCUCCUCAAAAGACGAAACAUCAGCAAAACCAAAAUCAGUGGCUACCACAUCCUCGUCGUCAAGUCGACCAGAGUAUGCAGUUGUUGUUAACAAGACCGCUAAGCAUCCCUUACAACAAAUCGUGACCUCCGCCAUUUCGAUUUUGUUAGGACUAUACUGCAUUUAUUGGUGUUUAGAGCGACACCGAAUUGGCUAUUGUGAUCUUUCACAGGAAAAUAGCGGAAAUGGCACACAAGUAGACUUAUUGGAUCUAGAUGUUAAUGGUACCACCAUUUGGGAUGCCGUCCGCCCAAGCUGUAUUCCCUGCCCUAAACAUGGUCACUGCACCAAAGGACGUCUGCUAGGAUGCGAUGACUUUUUUGUUAGAAUCCCAAGCAUGCUUAGUUUUGGAGGAUGGAUUCCAGUCGGUGAAAAGUGUGUUCCAGAUACUGUCAAGCAGCGACGGGCCUUCCGAGUGGAGAACCAAAUCAAGCACAUGCUCGCUGUGAAGAAGGGACAAUACAUCUGUGGCGAUAUCAAAGCGGAAAAAGGAGAGACUGAGGAGGAGGUUGCGUCUAUGAAGGUUGAGGAUGUAUGGACUGAGCUUCUAGCACGCAAACCUGACACCAUCAGCGAGCAACAAUUAGAGGAAUACUGGCGUCUGGCUAUGGCUUCCCUCAUGACGUACAGUGAAAGAGAAGUGAGCUUCCUCGACCGAGGUGAUGAAAAAUACAUGAUAUCUCGUCAGCCCAAACUCUCUUUAGGUUGCCGAGUACGCCUUCAAAUCAAAGAUGUAUUAUAUCGUUGGCGGUUUGAACUCGGAGGAUUACUGGCAGUUGUAGGUCUUAUUGGCUAUGGCAACUACCAAUAUCUCCAGCGAAGAAAAGACAUGAAGCUCGUGGCCGAGUUGGCCGGCGAGGCGUUCGUGAAGCUUCAAGACCAGGAGCGUAACCAUCAUAUUGAUCCUGUUUUAUUCCCUCAAGCAUGCUGCGCUAUUACUCAUCUUCGGGAUUUGAUAUUAGCUCAAGAGCCUUCAGUGGAGCGUAGACGUCAUCUAUGGAACCAUGUUCGUAAGAUUGUGGAAAGCAACUCCAACGUGCGAACUUUGUCAGCCGAAGUCCGUGGCGAGCCACAUCGAUGCUGGGAAUGGGUCGGCUACGGACAAACUGCCGAGCGGAUUCCCGUUGGAUCUGGAAUAGAGAUUCACUCUAGCGAGAUGAUGAAUACCAUCUAAUUCUUUUACGCUUGAUACUUUUUUUUUUUUCUAAAAGAGAAUAAACCUAAACUACCUUAUUAUUCUUUCCAA